GGAUUUAAUUUUUGAUGAAUAAUAACAUCGGACAUCAUUGUUGCACAUAGGAUUUCAACUAAAAACAGAGCUAUUUUAUUUUAUUAUAUUUUAUUUUAUCGCUCCUAAUCCCGUGUUGACGCCUGACGUCAGCGUGUAUCGUUGGGCGGGCCUGUUGUUGUCUUUGUAGUCCAGCAGUCGAGCGUCAUCCGCGCCUUUCAUCCUCUCAGACACACACUUGUUCUGUAAAAUCCUACGAUUUCUUCACUAUCUUAGUCAAGAAACACCUAUCAGUUGGUUGUUCCUUCAGCCCUCUUCUGCGUCCACUCACCAUGGGGAACUGUUUGACCGUGGGUCCAAACGAGGCUCUGGUUGUCUCCGGUGGCUGUUUGGGCUCUGAUGAUAAAACCUACGUGGUUGGAGGCUGGGCCUGGGCCUGGUGGCUCAUCUCUGAUAUUAAAAGGAUAAGCUUGGAAAUCAUGACUCUGCAGCCACGAUGUGAAGAUGUGGAGACAGCAGAGGGAGUCGCCAUCACUGUCACAGGAGUUGCUCAGGUGAAGGUCAUGACAGAGCAUGACCUUCUAGCAGUGGCCUGUGAGCAGUUCCUGGGUAAAUCAGUGGUGGAGAUCAAAUGUGUUGUUCUACAAACUUUAGAGGGACAUCUGCGCUCCAUUCUUGGAACCCUGACGGUUGAGCAGAUCUACCAGGACAGAGACCAGUUUGCUAAACUGGUGAGGGAAGUAGCUGCACCAGAUGUGGGCAGAAUGGGCAUCGAGAUCCUCAGCUUUACUAUUAAGGAUGUGUUUGAUAAACUGGAUUACCUGAGCUCUCUUGGAAAGACACAGACUGCAGCUGUCCACAGGGAUGCAGACAUUGGCGUGGCAGAAGCAGAGAGGGAUGCUGGGAUACGGGAAGCAGAAUGUAAGAAAGAGAUGAUGGACGUGAAAUUCCAGGCAGACACGAAGAUGGCUGACUCCAAGCGAGAACUGGAGCUCCAGAAAGCUUCAUUUAAUCAGGAGAUCAACACCAAAAAAGCACAAGCUCAGCUGGCAUAUGAGCUGCAGGCAGCCAAGGAGCAGCAAAAGAUCCGUCUGGAGGAGAUCGAGAUCCAGGUGGUGCAGAGAAAGAAAGAAAUCACCAUCGAGGAGAAGGAGAUCGAUCGCACAGACAAGGAGCUCAUUGCUACAGUGAAGAGACCUGCUGAGGCCGAGGCUUACAAAAUGCAGCAGCUGGCCGAAGGACACAAGACGCAAACAGUGCUCCUCGCACAGGCCCAUGCAGAGAAGAUCAGGAAGGUUGGUGAGGCAGAAGCUCUCUCAAUUGAAGCAGUUGGCAAGGCUGAGGCUGAGAAGAUGAGACUGAAGGCAGAGGCCUACCAGCAGUAUGGAGAGGCUGCUAAAACUGCCAUGGUCCUGGAGGCCCUGCCCAAGAUUGCUGGCAAAGUGUCGGCACCGUUAUCCAGGACUAAUGAAAUUGUCAUCUUGAGUGGAGAAGGAAACCGUGUGACAGGCGAAGUGAACCGCCUGUUGGCUGAACUUCCUGUGUCUGUCAAUGCACUCACCGGAGUGGAUUUGUCAAAGAUCCCAUUACUGCAGAAGAUGGCGAGCAAACAAGCCUGAGCACUGGUGAUUUUGAUGACUCUUGUUCUGUUGUAUGCACUCUUAAAGACUGCUUUUAAUACACUUGAAAAUGUUGUUUUCUACCUAUAUACCAUAUAUCCAGUACGUUUUGGAAACCUCUGGUGCCUUAAUUUAUAUAGGACCAGAAAAUCUGCAUGCACUGCUGCUCAUUGAAGACAUUUCAUUUAAUUUUAUUACUGGAACAUUCCUUGGUAAGAUCUAUAUUUUGGGGGGGGGGGGGGGUUGUGUUGGGGUUGCAAUUUUCUUUUUGUGAAACCAGUGUGAAGACAUUGUUGAUUGGGGGUUGUUGGAGAAGAGAUGUGAAUGGUGACUUUACCCGUUAAUAUUUAUGAUGCCAUGUAACAAUCUGGACACGACUGCUGUUUCAGAAAAAAGGUUUCUCUACGUGCUGUAGAAUAAUUUUGUUGAUUUUAUUUUUUGCGUGAGAUCUUUUUGCAUUCAUUGAAUGAUUUAAAUGUGUAACAUUUUUGUAACUGAAAUGUUAUCAGGUAUUUUAUGCUUGUGUUUUUUAUUUUUUUACAGUGUAACAAAGGUGCUCACAACCUUUAUUUUUUGUCAUGUAUUUAUUGUUGGAUAUGGUAAAGUAAGGUUAAAAUGUUACUUCAAAAAUGAUUAUAAAUAGUCUCUUAUUUCACAGCAGGGGAAGAUGUUGAAAUCCUGUCUAUUGAACUUUGAAUUCUGCAAAUUCUUGUAAAUUCUCUGCCAUGUUUAAACUUUUAUCUUUUCACAAAACAACUUAUUUUUGUGCAUCCAGGUGUUCACUGAUGUGCACACCGUUGCAUAGAACUAGUUUAUGUCAAAGACAUCCACAGUAACCUCAGAGCUACAAUCAUCUCCAAAGCUCACAGACUGAGAUAUACAGUUUGAUUGAGAAGAUAGAACAAGUUUGUUUUAUUUUGUGUUUUAGCACACUUCCAUAGACAAAGAGAUGACUGUUAUGAGUUGUAAUAUUAUUUUUUUGUCAUUUAUUAUUCAUCAGACUAUUGUUUGGUGUGUGUUAUGUAUUUGUGAUAAGCAAAUAAGCACUGGGACAUUCUUUUUAAAUUGUUUACAGGCAAAUAUUUUUAACUUAAUGUUCAUUGUGUAAACUGUAAUCUUUGAUUUGUGAAAACUUUAAUUGCAUUUCUAAUGCUGUUGAGUCCUUUGUCCCUGUGUCCCUGUAUGGUCUUGCUGCAUGUCAUCCACCUGUACUUAAAUCAUCAGUUCAAUCUGAGCUCAUUGUUUCUCUAAUAAAUCAGAAAUGCUAUAAUUUA